AUGUCGUGCCAAAGAUUUCGAAUUCUUUUGAGAUACCUGAGAUUUGAUGAUAUAGACACUCGCGCUGAGCGAAAAUCUUUGGAUAAGCUGGCUCCUAUCAGAGAAUUGUUCACGGCUGUAGUAGACAACUGUAAGAAAAAUUACAGCCUCUCUCAUAGCACAACAAUCGAUGAGAAACUAGAAGGCUUUCGGGGCCGUUGUUCCUUUCGCCAAUAUAUUCCUAGCAAGCCCAAUAAAUAUGGCAUUAAAAUUUAUGCUCUUUGCGAUGCAAAAAUGUUUUAUACGGCUAAUCUAGACGUCUACGUUGGAGCCCAACCUGAAGGGCCAUUUUCACAAAAUAACAGUGCACUUGCAGUUGUCGAUAGACUGUGUGAACCAAUGAAAGGAAAAGGUAGAAACCUUACUACUGAUAAUUUUUUUACAAGCACUGAAUUGUCUAAGCUAUUGCUGCGCCAUAAAAUUACAACUGUAGGAACAAUUAGAAAAAAUAAGCGUGCGUUGCCACGAGAAUUUGUUGAAGGAAAAAAUCGGCCGAUUGGUUCUAGUAUGUUUGGUUUUAGGGAUGAUUGUACUCUAGUAUCCUAUAUUCCCAAAAAAAAUAAAAACGUUCUUCUGAUUUCUACUAUGCAUGACGACGAUUUAGUCAAUGAGGCUACAGGAAAACCACAGAUAAUUCUUGAUUAUAACGCCACUAAAGGAGGAGUGGAUACUGUAGACCAAUUGUGCGCUAACUAUAAUUGUGCCCGUAAUACCCGGAGGUGGCAAAUGGUGGUUUUUUACAGUCUUGUAAAUAUUUCUGCAAUAAAUUCAGAGGUAAUUUUUCACGCAAAUAACCCCGAAGAUAGAACUCUUCGUCGACACUUUUUAGAAGACUUAUCUUUUGCGCUGAUAAAUAACCAUUUGAAAGCACGAGCUUUAUCCGAAAAUUUACCAAGAACAAUGCGCACCAGAAUUCGGGAACUUUGCCAUCUUGAUCCUGAAGCUUCCACAUCACAAGAACCAACAGAACCAGGACGCUGUGAAUUGUGCUCUUCCAAGAAAAACAGAAAAACUCGAUUCUUCUGUAAGAGCUGCAAGACGUUUAUGUGCCUAGAACAUUGUAUCGAGUGA